GACACUGGACCUGGAAGAGGAGAAGGAGGAGGAGGCUGGGAUCUGUCCAUGGGAACACCCCGCUGGCCUGUUUGCACGGCUAGAGCAGGGGCGUCCUGCUGGAGUAGAGGGUUCAGAUGAGGACUUGAAGGAAAAUAGGAGAGGAGAGAAAUAAAUCCUAACACGGGCUGGGACCCAAGAGUCACUGCUGAGCUCUUAAGAGAGGAAACGGAUCCCCGUCCCCAGUUCCAGGACCUGGCAUCUCCUGUGGCUCAGGCUCGGGCCCAGGCUGCCCCCCCAACCUGAGCUGCAGCGGGCCAGAGCUGCCAAGGAGCCCAGCCCCAAGGCGAGCAGCUGUGGUACGUGGACCAGGCGAUCGCCAAGCAUCCAGAACUGAGGCCAGCAGCCCGCCCAGGCCCCAGUAACAUACCAAUGGGGAUUUCAAUGGGGAAGUCGAUGUUGGUGCUACUCACCUUCUUGGCCUUCGCCUCGUGCUGCAUUGCUGCUUACCGCCCCAGUGAGACCCUGUGCGGCGGGGAGCUGGUGGACACCCUCCAGUUUGUCUGUGGGGACCGCGGCUUCUAUUUCAGACCUCCAGGCAGACCCGCAAGCCGUGUGAGCCGUCGCAGCCGUGGCAUUGUUGAAGAGUGCUGCUUCCGCAGCUGCGACCUGGCCCUUCUGGAGACUUACUGUGCCACCCCCGCCAAGUCCGAGAGGGACGUGUCAUCCUCUCCGACCGUGCUUCCGGACAAUUUCCCCAGAUACCCCGUGGGCAAGUUUUUCCAAUAUGACACCUGGAGACAAACUACUCAGCGCCUGCGCAGAGGUCUGCCUGCCCUCCUGCGUGCCCGCCGGGGUCGCAAGCUCUCCAGAGAGCUUGAAGCAUUCAGAGAGGCCAAGCGUCAUCAUCCCCUGACCGUCCUGACCUCCAAAGACCCCGCCCACGGGGAUGAUACCUCUUCGGAGAAGUCCAGCAACCAGAAGUGAGCUAAAUUGUUGUAAUUCUGCAAUGUGUACCAUCGCGUCGUGACCUCCUCUUGAGCAGGGACAUUUCCAUCACAUCCCACCUCUAAGAUCUCUUGGUUCUGUUUCCACCCCAAUGGUUUCCCUGACCCCAGCCCCUGUGCCCCGCCUCCCCACAUCAGGGUGCUCCCCUGGCCCCACUCCACCGGGCUGAGGGAGUCAGAGCAACAUCUUCAAAGACAAAAUCAAUUGGAUUUAAACAUCCCCCACAAACACCCUCUCUAAAUUACCCCCCAAGUUCUACAUGCACAGCAAAACAAUUGGAAAAGCCCCCUUAAAACUAAUUGGCGUUUCAGAAACACUAAGUAGCCUUUAAAAAAAAAAAAAAAAAAAAAACUGAGAAAUUAAUUGGCUGAAAAGAUACUAAAAAGGAAUUGGCUUAGAAACAAUUGGAAAAGUAAAGGGAUUUGGCACACCCUUCCCCCUUCCUUCUUCCUCCUCCGGACCUUGAAUCACCUGCUUUGGACUUAGGUCCCUGAACCAGCAAGGGGAAGGAAGGGGGCCCAAAAGUUUGCAGGCGGGCAUGCCAUUGCUUCUGCACCAUCACCUAGUCGUUGCCUUUGAGCAUUUUAAUGUUGGCUGCCUAAGAACAGCGGCCACCAGACUUGUUCCUCACCCACUUUCCAUCUCAGGAGCCAUCAGGGAAUUGGGCGGAGUUGACCUAUUGAGAUCAAAGGAGGAGAGCAGCAUGAAAACCCAUAUCCUUAAAGAUAAGUUUUAACAGGCAGUAACCUCCACCCCCUAAAUUCUUAUACCUCAGUCCCUAUCCUAGAAAGCACACAUUUAUCCCUAUAGGCACACAAACACACUCACAUACAUGCAACAUGUGCCCACAUGUACAUGUGCACCCAUCCCACAUACCUUCACACAUACACAUACUCACACACGCACACACACACACACACACACACACACACACACACACACACACAUAAUUGGAAAGCAAUAAAAAAAAAAGCAGCCCUCACUGCUGACCCACAUUGUACUGAUCGGGCAGAGUUCCAUCCCAAAUUCUCUCAGCUGUUUUCAUGGUCUGCAUUCCCGUGAAUCACCAUGCUCCCAGAUUCCGCCAGCACUGAUACCUACCCAGAGUGGGGAAUGAGUUUGGCCAGAUCAGAGAUGGUGUUAGCAAGCAAGGCAUGCUUUGCAGUAGCCUGCCCCUGACUGUGCUCCUGGGAGAAAGAUCUGGGGAUCCCCCGCCCUGAGCACCAGAGGAUCAUUUUUGCCCUGAUAGUGGGGAGUGUGGGAAGUCUGGCGGUUGGAGGGGUGGGUGGGGGGCAGUGGGGGCUGGGUGGGGGGAGCUCUGGGGUAGAAAGUGUUCUGGGAGAUUUUGGAUGGAAGAAUCAGGAGGAGAAACGGCUAAAUUUGCAGAAUUACGGAGAGAAAUCAGGAGCCCAAAUUUUACAUCAAUUGGUCCAUUUCCCCCUUUGUUUCUUGGGGCAUAUUUCCUUUUUUUUUUUUUUUCUUUUUUAUUUUACUAUCACUUAGCUUUUUAUGCGCUCACAAUCAAAUUAUACCCAUCCCCUAUGUAACAGGGGAGCAGUGACCCAAGUAACGUGCGCAAAGCCAUUUAUGCCAGCAUCAUGUCCUGCUCUCCGCCAUUUAUCGCCCUUUGAUUUUUAAUCUGUUCCUGUCGCUUGGAUUGAGUUGAGAGUGGGGCCUCCACAGGGUAUCGGCCACAGUACCCUGCAGAGAAGUCAGGGGAAUUGAGAAGGGCGCUGCCUGGUCUGGCUUCUGGGGAUGGUGGCUUAGUCCCCAGAAGUUUUGAGGGGUGGAGGAGGGGCUGGGAGGUGUCUCCCCAGGUGUCAGGAAGGUGCUCGGAGGCCACAGAGAUGGGGCCCUCGGUUGGCCUGCAGCCAGUCGAGGGGGAAGGGGCUAUGGAUGUGUGAGCAGAGAGACUCCAUCGGGCAGGAGCAAGUGGUCGCCUUCCACACACUUGAGGAACCCUCCCCCCCCUUCAGUGAUACCUUGUCCACCCCUCAGCACCUGCCUUGUCCCCAGGAGGUCUGGCGCUCUGCAGAGCCUCCUUUGGGCAGAGCGGGGUGAGGCCAGGGAGUUGGGAAAGCCAGGAGGCUUUGAGCCUGCAGAGCACGAGAGCUGGCCAUUGAGUGGGGUCACUUCGGCCCCGAGGCCUGUGGGUCUGGCAAUGCCAUGGCAGCCACACCGUGGUGCCUAGGACUGUGCAGGGAACCGGGCGGCUGGGUGGUUGUCUACCUCACCCCCACCUUUUUGCCCCCAGUGCAGCCCCCCUGCAUGAGGUCUGACUAGCAAUUUAGAGGCCCAAGGCUUCUGGGUCCUAGUGACGGGGCUGGCAUGACCCUGGGGGCGGUACAUGUCAGUCCAGCACCGCACGGAGGGCCCCUUAGCAAGCAGCUGGAGAAUGGGCCAUUCGGAACAUUGGAUAGAAACCCAAAGAGCAAAACUGUCAGAAUUGGAGAACACAGAUGAAUUGGCAUGAGAUCCAAAAGACUUCGAGGCACCCUAAAUUACCUGCCCAUUCUUCUGGAUACCCACCCACGCAGUAUUUUUUGCCUCAGUGGGCUGGGUACUCCUGGGGCGCUUGUCACUGCCCUCUGUGUCCCAAAUUUUACAGCUCUCCAAGGUCACCACUAUCUUGACCCAGGCACCUGUCUGGCCUCCGUGCCCUGGUGUGGCCCUCCAUCUUGUCUCUUCCCCGUGUCCCUACUCCCACAAUGUCUUCAGCGGGACCGUCCUCUUGGGUCCCCCUUUCACCAUCACCUGAAGACCCCCCACGCGUUGGACACCAAUUGUCACCUGUGUCGCUGUGUCUGUCCAUCUCGCCACAGCUGUGUCCACCUCAACUUAACUCCUUUAACAUGCUCAUAUUUCCGGCAAAACCCAAUGCAUGGGUUUUGUCUUUAACUUGUUAAUGCUCGCAAUUUUAAUAAAGCAUUUAAAAUACUA